AUGGCGGAACGGGACCUGAUACUACCAAAACGGGUUUCGUUUGAUGAUACGCGGCAACAUGAGAGCUCGAGUGAUGAUGGGGAUGCUGUUGAGAAAAAGGUCUCCUUCGACCCAUCAAACCCCUACCGUCGAAAAUCCUCCCUCGUCACCUCCUCCCGCUCUCACAUCUCCCCGGGUGUUAUCCAGCGCAUCCACCAACAGCAACAGUCUAAUCCUAACCAUAGACGCCCCUGCCGACAACAAUCAAAGCCGGAAUGCCUAGUUCAUCAAUUUCUCGAAUCCCACAAACUCAACCUUGACGACACGGCACCACAGCCAGCAGCGGACGAGGAUGUAGAGGUGGAGGAUAUCUCCUCUUCGUCUGGGCUGAAUGAAGUGGUCGACUCCAAAACCACAAUCCCAGUUAAUAAACCCCCCAAGCGACGCCCACAACCACAACCCUCCCCCGAGGCAAAGUGCCAACUCUUAUCCGCCACCGAAGACGACGAGCCCGCCACUGACGAAGGGCAGCCAGACCAGACGAUAUGGCAGAGGGAGAUGUUGGCUAUGCCGAGGACUACUUCCUCUUUAUCACUUUCCCUCUCCUCCCCUAAUCCUGAGGACAAUCACGAGUUCCUCAACUCGAGGCUGCUGACGAAAAAGCAAUUGUCGGAUAUGGCCUGGGGGGUGAGGCAGCUGUCUAGGAGACUGGGGUCUGUCCGCCUGAAGUUCAAAAUCAAGAAUGUUUUUCUCUUGACAAAGAUUUAUGACAAGGAUCUGGUGGAUAAGACGAGGGAGUUGGUGAAGUGGCUGCUUGAUGAGGAGCACAGGGGGGAGAGGUAUGUCGUUUUUGUGGAUUCUGCGUUGGAACAGAAUAAGAGGUUUGACAAGGAGGGGUUGCUGAGGGAGAUUGCUGGGGACAGAAAAGAGGAUGGGGGACGUGAGGGGGCGGUUGAAGGUUUUGGAAUGAGGACAAUUAGCGACCGAAGGCCAAUAUUUUUUAAUUUAUGGAAUACACGGCAGGGGGCUCGGACCAAGGGGGGGACAUGCGGGGGAUGG